AUGGAGUCUCUUCGCGAGUACACCAACAGUGAUACCGGCUACCGCAGCCUGGCAGUCGGCGAGGACAUAGAGGAAGUGAAUGAUGAGAAACUUACCGUGACCUCGCUGACGGCAAGGGGAGGAGAGGACGAGGAGAAUGCACGGUCCGAACCUGAGUACGGAGCAGAAGCCGAAAACGUUGGCACGAUGGGGUUCGUCCCCUCGGACGACCAAGACCGUGAGGGUGGCGGUGGCCACGAGCCGGAGCAACAGCAGGAGGAGCCGCCCCUGCCCGAGCCGGAGCAACAGCAGGAGGAGCCGCCCCUGCUUGAGCCGAAGCAAGAGCAGGAGGAGCCGCCCCAGGCAACCGGGGAAGGGCCACAGCCGGCGGAGGGGCCACAAACCGCUGAGGGGCCACAGCCCCCAGAGAGGAAACGCCGCCGCCGCACCGCAUUCACCCAGUUUCAGCUGCAGGAGCUGGAGAACUUUUUCGAUGAAGCUCAAUACCCCGACGUUGUGGCGCGAGAAAGACUUGCAGCACGCCUGAAUUUGACUGAAGACAGAGUGCAGGUUUGGUUUCAGAACAGAAGAGCCAAGUGGAAACGAAAUCAGAGGGUGCUCAUGUUGAGAAACAUUGCUGCCGCCGCCCUGGCCCGCCCUACGGAGGUGUUCUUGGGUGGCCCCUAUAAUGCCACUCCUUCUCUGGAUCCUGCUUUGUGUGUUCAUCUGGUGCCACAACUACCAAGACCACCUGUGCCACCUAUGCCACCCAGGCCACCCAUGGUCCCUAUGCAACCCAGGCCACCCAUGGCACCUAUGCCACCCGGGCCACCCAGGCCACCCAUGGCACCUGUGCCACCCAGGCCACCCAUGGUCCCUAUGCAACCCAGGCCACCCAUGGUGCGUAUGCCACCCAGGCCACCCAUGGCACCUGUGCCACCCGGGCCACCCAUGGUGCCUAUGCCACCCAUGGCACCUGUGCCACCCAGGCCACCUAUGGCACCUAUGCCACCUGUGCCUCGUAUUGGCCUGGCUCCUGUACGCAUCACAUGGGCCCCUGUCAUCAAUAGUUAUUAUGCAGGUCCCUUUUUCUAA